CUGAUUUAUCCAUGCGCUCUGAGAUGCAUUGCUCUGGCCUCACUGACUGUGUGCAGGCUUUGCAGUAGAACACGGAGUUAUGAUGCUACCGUAGACGUGGUAACUAUACCGUAUGUAUAGUAUCGCUUUAGCUACCUGUCUAAACGUUUUUUUUUAGUAACACCAGCAAACAUGCUGGACUUUGCGAUAUUUGCAGUGACUUUCGUCAUCUUUCUGGUCGGCGCCGUCCUCUAUUUGUAUCCAUCAUCAAGAAGUGCUUCUGGUAUUCCAGGUCUCAACCCUACCGAAGAGAAGGAUGGAAAUCUGCAAGACAUAGUGAACCGAGGCAGUCUGCAUGAGUUCCUGGCUAGUCUACAUGGACAGUUUGGUCCUGUGGCAUCCUUCUGGUUUGGAGGACGCCCUGUGGUCAGCUUGGGUUCAGUGGACCAGCUACGGCAGCACAUCAACCCCAACAGGACUACGGACUCAUUUGAGACAAUGCUGAAGUCGUUGCUAGGGUACCAGUCAGGAACGGGUGGAGGGGCCACAGAGGCUGUAAUGAGGAAGAAGUUGUAUGAGAGUGCUGUCAACAACACCCUGGAGAAAAACUUUCCAAUGCUGCUGAAGCUGGUGGAGGAGUUAGUGGGGAAGUGGCAGUCUUUCCCUAAGGACCAGCACACACCACUCUGUGCCCAUCUGCAAGGAUUGGCCAUGAAGGCUGUCACUCAACUCGCUCUGGGUGACCGUUUCCGGAAUGAUGCUGAAGUCAUCGGCUUCCGAAAGAACCAUGAGGCAAUCUGGUCGGAGAUCGGAAAAGGCUAUUUGGACGGCUCCAUGGAGAAGAGCUCCAUCAGAAAGGAGCACUAUGAGAGCGCGCUGGCAGAAAUGGAAACAGUGCUGAUGUCUGUGGCUAAAGACAGGAAAGGACAAAGGAGCCAGACAGCGUUUGUAGACACUCUUCUCCAGUCCAACCUCACAGAGAGACAGGUGAUGGAGGACAGCAUGGUAUUCACACUGGCAGGUUGUGUCAUCACAGCUAAUUUGUGCAUCUGGGCAGUACACUUCCUGUCCACAUCAGAGGAUGUUCAGGAGAAGCUGCAUCAGGAGCUGGAGGAUGUUCUGGGCUCUGAGCCUGUUUCUCUGGAUAAGAUCCCACAGCUCAGGUACUUCCAGCAGGUUUUGAACGAGACUGUGCGGACAGCCAAACUGACGCCCAUCGCAGCCCGGCUCCAGGAAAAUGAAGGGAAAGUCGAUCAGCACAUUAUUCCUAAAGAGACACUGGUGAUUUAUGCCCUUGGGGUAGUCCUACAGGAUGCAGACACCUGGAGCUGUCCCUACAAGUUUGACCCAGACCGAUUCACAGAAGAUUCAGCCAGGAAAAGCUUCUCUCUGCUUGGAUUCUCGGGGAACCAGGCCUGUCCUGAGCUGAGGUUUGCGUACACAGUGGCCACUGUCGUCCUCAGCACUGUAGUGCGCCAACUGAAGCUGUAUCAGGUGAAGGGACAGGUGGUAGAGGCCAGAUCUGAGCUUGUGUCCACACCUAAAGAUGACACAUGGAUCACUGUGAGCAGAAGAAGCUAACUAACAGUGGACAUUUGUCUCAAACUCCAUCUGUGGAAGAGGAACUGUGUUAAUUGGGAAGGUAAUUGUCAGUUAGCUUAGAUUCUAGACCGAGUGGAACUGUUAAAAAAAGCUGUAAACAUGAUGGCGAGCUUUGUAGGGCUACUUGUCAGUCAGCUCUUGAACAUGGUUUUGAUUAGCUAAAGUCAUUGCCAAUGGCGACUCGGUCAUUUGAGCUACCAUCUGAAGUAGCUUUUUGUCCCCCCUAUUUCAAUAUGAGGAUCGGUACCUACCUUUUCAAGCUACAUGAUCAUUUAUGUAUUGUCUUAAACCUUGCCUUAAACCAAAUGCUGCACAAGUGAUUUUAUCUCCACUCUUGGGACUUCUGCACAACAUUCCAGCUGAACUGCCUUCCAAAACACGUGGUCCCCACUCCCCCAGAUACAUGGCAUUUUAGACAGUUCAUUUUUUAAUAAAGUUUACACUACUCGUGUGUUAGGAUAGGAAUAUAAUAUUUUGACAUUUGUUGCAGCCCCCCUGUUGUGAGCAUAUCCUGCCACUCUCAAGACGUCUAGGCCAUUAUUGUCAACAAGUGCUCACACUGUAUCUGCAGUGUCUCUGGUUCAAUCCCCAGCCCUGUUUCCCCUGUAUCGCUACAUUAGCUUUUAUUGUUUAAAAUAAAAAGAAUAUCCAUAACUUCUGGAUUUAUUAACAGCC